AUGCCUAUAGUGAAAGUGAGUGAUAGAGAAAAAAUUAGACUGUUGAAAGUAAUCAACAAUCAAAAACCCAUAACAUGUGCGUUUAGAUCGUGGGAACUAUGCGAAUAUCCAUUUUUACCUCAAAACACUUCGCAUUCAUGGAAAGUAAAGACAUCCAACAAAUUGGAAAAACCUAGAUAUGUUAUCAUCGGCUUUCAAACUGAUAGGAAAAAUAGCUCGAGUAAAGCAAUGUCAUACUUCGACCAUUGUAAAAUUAAAAACUUGAAGGUCUAUUUAAACGCAGAAGUAUUUCCCUAUGAAGAUUUUCAAAUCGACUUCACCAAAAAUAAGAUGGCAACAUUAUACCGAGCGUAUGCAGAGUUCCAAAAAUCUUACUACGGACAUGACGAAGUGACACCUCUAUUAAACCGAUCAGAUUUCAAAAAUCUGUCUCCUCUUAUAGUUGUUGACAUGAGCCGGCAAAACGACAACGUGAAAAUGUCAACUGUAGACCUUAGAAUUGAACUAGAAACUGACGAGGCGUUUCCAGCUUCCACCUCUGCAUAUUGUUUAAUAUUACACGACCAAAUUAUAUCUUAUAAUCCAUUUAACGGAGAAGUAAGAACCUUGUAA